AAAAUACCGUUUAACCGAGGAUACUUUAACAUUGAUAUUGAUAUGUAUGGUAAAACUAAAAGUGCAGUGUGCCGGGUAUCUUGGUAGAGAAAUUUUGAAGCCACGGGUUGUCAUAUCGUGAGGAUAAAAGAAAACUUGCUUGUGGCCGGGGUUUCGUUUUCCAUGGAAUCAACUGUUAAUGAUUUGCUGUGGCACAUCUUUCUUCGAUUUACGUAGCGCCAACGCUACCUAGCUAGUCUAGCGAUAAAAAGUUUGUGCAAGAGAGCCACAAAGUGUAUUCUACGCCACAUGAGCUAAAGUGUCAUUCUUUGUUCUUGGGAGAAAUUUAAAUUUAGGGAACGGUUUCGUAUUAUUUGACAGCUGCUGUCCAUUUAUGAAAUCCGGUCACAUGAAAUGAAAAUAACAGGUGACACCGCAAGUGCGUAAUCUGUGGGUGACACGAAGCUUCUGUGAAGCAAGAUAGGCAUUUCCCCGGUAAUCGGGCUGACAACGUUUUCUCUGCUUCCAACCAGGUGACAACACACUUGCUUUAUUAUAGCUGAUAACGUAGCUUUGUAUUCAUGUAGCUAGCUAUUUACUAUUACAGUAUGGGCUUGUCAAAAUGUUAAUGAAUGAUGUUUCCUUCCUCCUGUGACACCUUUGUGGCCUUGCCUCCAUCGACAUUGGGGCAGCGUGUUGUCUUUGGAAAGAACUCUGACAGGCCCUGUGAUGAGGUCCAAGAGGUGGUCUACUUCCCAGCUGCAAACCAUGAAGCAGGACAGAAAGUGGAGUGUACCUACAUUGAGAUCGAGCAGGCUCCCCACACCUAUGCAGUGGUGUUAAGCCGUCCUGCCUGGUUGUGGGGUGCAGAAAUGGGGGCAAAUGAGCACCAGGUGUGCAUUGGGAAUGAGGCUGUGUGGGGCAGACAAGACGCAAGUGCUGAGGAGGCUCUCCUGGGCAUGGAUCUGGUCAGGCUGGGUUUGGAGAGGGCAGACAGUGCCCAGAAGGCCGUGGAUGUGAUUGCUGAACUGCUGGAAAAAUAUGGCCAAGGGGGGAACUGCAUGGAGGACGAAAGCAUCUUCACUUACCACAACAGCUUCCUGAUCUCAGACCGGACUGAGGCCUGGGUGCUGGAGACGUCUGGGAAAUACUGGGCAGCGGAGAAGGUGGAGGAGGGAUAUCGCAACAUCUCCAACCAGUACUCAAUAACCACCAAGAUAAACCGGGAGCACCAGAAGAUGAGAGAGUAUGCCAGGAGUCGAGGCUGGUGGGACGGGAAGGCCCAGUUCAAUUUUGCCGAAGUUUAUUCUUAUAUGAACACGGCCAGGAUUGAAGCCUCAGGCAGCCGAUACUGUGAAGGUCGCAAACUCCUGGAGAAAAGUAAAGGUCAAAUCACAGCGGAGACGAUGAUGGGGAUUCUGAGGGACAAAGAGAGUGGAAUUAACAUGGAGGGGAUGUUCAUGACAACGGGAAGUAUGGUGUCUGUUGUGCCCUGCGACCCCUCCCUGCCGGGAGUGCACUACUUCACCGGAACACCGGACCCUGAGAGGUCAGUUUUCAAGCCUUUCAUUUUCGUGGUGGACAUUAAGCAGCUGAAGAAGACCUGUUCUCCGUGCUUUGGGCCAGAUGACCCCGUGAAGGUGAAACCCCGUUUCCAGAACAAGCCGGACCGCAAGCACCACCUUUUCCUCAGACAUGAGGUGGUGGGUGCCAUCAUUGAGACUAAGAAGGAGCGGGGGAACAAAAUAGUACAGCACAUGAGAAAGCUAGAGAAGGAGAAAAUGGCCGAAAUGGAAAAGCUUCUGAGUGGUGGGGUUGAAGAUUCUACUUUGGUUGUACAUCUCUUUUCAAACACCAUUGAGGAGGAGCUAAAUGUGUACAGCAAUCAUGAGUAAACAACAAGUAUAAUGCCAGUCAAGAUGCAUUUUUCCUUCCCAAUUUCAUGCCUAUAUAAACAUUACAUAGAAGUAAUUGGUUUUGUUGGUGCAAAUAUGCACUACUAUGAGCUGUUUUACGUAUAAUUUCCCACAAUACAACAUUUUAAUUCAAAUUACUUAAUAUACUGUAUAUUGGUAAUGCCCCAUUUAUUUUAUUGAUUACCAAUUGCAGUUAAUUAAAAGUUUUAAAAUGUUUAAAUUUCUUGUAUGUAACAACAGUACAUAAUGAGUUAUGAACAUUGAUCAAUAUCAACAAAAUAUAUUCUCAUGAAAACAGACUAUAAUUGAACUGUAUAUUGCAUAAUUAUUACAUUUUUGUGUACCUGUGAAAUCACACUCACUUUAUUUUUAAGUGUUCAUUUAGUCUCAAGACAAAUGUAACCCCUUCCAGGUAUGGAAGCAGAUAAAUAAUGAAGUUUACUUUUGAUGUAAAGCGUGUCAUUUCUUUAAAAAAAUAAAAUUCAAAAAUUCAAAAGUU